AUGGCUCAAAAGCGCGAGCUCACCAUGCAGUUGGAUCGAGAGCAGAACGAAAAACACGAAUUGUUUUUGCAGAUAAAUUCCAUGAUCGCACAGUUAGCUGAAACCCAGUCUGCUGGCGAAGUGGAAAAGUUGAAAUCAGAUAACAAAGAAAUGAAACGGCGUUUGGAUGAGCUUGAGAGUUCAUCGGCAAGGGAGAGCAGUCGGUUGGAGGCCGACCUACAGAAAGCCAGGCAUGACGUCGAGGUGGCAAGACAUCAGAAUGAACGAGAGAGACGGAAGAUUCAAGAGGAUUUGGACGAGACUAAAAAAGAGCUGCAUAUGAAAAGCAGCCUAGCAACGGCCAAACGCGAUUUGGAAAAGAAAAAUGCAGAGAUUUCCGAGCUGAUCAGGUCAGCAGAAGAUAGUGCUGCCUCAUCAGAUCAGCUGGAAAUUUUUGAAAAGAAACUUAGCAAUGCUGAAAAAGUGCUCCAACAAGAGAUAGCCACAAAAGAAGCACUGAAACAGUCCUGCGAACAAUUGCUCAACGAUGGCAAACAAGCCGAAGUGAAGCUUAAUGAGUUCCGGUUGAAGCACGAGGAGGACCAGAAUAUCAUUGCAGAUCUCAAAAACGAUAUUGAACAGCUGGAAAAGGAGGCGAGGGAUAUGGUGGCUCGAAAUCGUCGAUGGGAAUUUGAACGAGACGAAGAAGUGAAAACGUUAACGGAGACCCUUAUGAAGUUUGAAGCCACGCUAAAGGAGAAGGAUUCCAGAAUCAAUACAAUUCAAGUGCAGUUGCUAGACUCACAGUCUCGAGCCGAACAGGCUGAGGCUGAUCUCAAGGCUAAAGAACAAGCUUUGGUGAAUACGGAUCGACGAGUGCAGCAACUGCAAGCACAAUUGGAUGCCAAGGGAAAUGUUGCUCACGAGGUGGAGUUGCUGCGAGAAGAGCUCAAAAAAGCUGAGCAGCGUCAUGAUCUCGUCGUCGAACGCCAUCAGAAAAGUGAAGUGGCAGCUCUAGAAGCUUCCAAGGGUCAAAGGCAACUGGUUGAUGAGCUCGAAGCGAAGCUGACAGCUGAAAAUGAAGCCAAGGCGGAAAUGGAGUCGAAGCUAUCGGCCCUACAAGAGAAACUCCAGUCAUUCAAUAACGAAAUGAAUGAAAAGAAGGAAACAAUCAAGAAAUUGGAAGAAGAACUCGUUGGGCUUCGAAGCGAGAAGAAAAAGUUGGAAUCGAGAGCAUCUGUAGCAGACGAGCUCAAUACCCUGAUGUCUUCGCUGUCAGCAGUUCGUGCGGAGAAUGGACAAUAUCAAGAAGAGAUUUCGAGCUCGCACGAACAAGUCCGAGAAGUUAAAGAAGAACUGGAGCGAUCUAUGGAAGAAUGUGAGGAAUGGAAAGGACGGUUUGAGACCGUCGAGAGAGAAAAGGAAAUGAUGGAGAAGCAGAUUAAUACUGAGAAGGAGAGACUCAUCGCUCUGGCGUCGUCAGAAGAAUCUCACAAGGUGCAUGAGGCGGAGUUGGAAUCCACUACAACCAAGCUGGAAGCAGAAAACUAUAAACUAAAGGGCGAGACGCGAGAGUUGCAUGCUGAGCUGGAAAGGGUGCAAAAUGAGCAGAAGGUUAUGGAGGAGGAGUCAGCGAGGAAGCUUCGUGAACUCACCGAGAAAUGCGAGGCCAUCCAAAAAGAAGCCGAUACUAGUCGUUCCAAGGUUGGACAAUUAGAAGAAGAGCACCAUCGUUUCCGCGACGCCGUAGCGGAGGAGAAGAGGAAACUUAUAGAAAUCACAGAGGAACAAGGGGCAAAGGUAGAGGAACUCCAGGAAGAAGUGGCUGAGUUCAAGAAAAAGUUGAAAGCAGCCCAAGAGGUUUCGGUAGCAGAGGUGGAACGAUAUGAAGCAGCACGGACAAGACUGGCUGAAGUCGAAAGAGAAUACGAGGAGAUGAAGACCAGCCUACGGAGUAUUCAAGGAGUUUCCAAUCCAUCUGCUGAUAAACUGUAUGAAAGCGAGAACUUUGCCAUUCGGAUAAAGCAGCAGCUGGAAGAACUUGAGAAGGAAAAAGCGGCCAGAUUGCAAGAGAUGGCAGCUGAGCACAGAGCUCACCAGGAGCGGCUGGAGAAGCGAAUAGAAGACAUGGAAACUGCGAGGCAUGAACAGAUCAAAGAGUUGCAAAACCAGAAGCGCGAAACGGAGGAACUCUACCAGAAACGCCUGGAAGAUGCGGAGAAACGUCUGCAGGACGCCGUCGAAGCACAUCAAGUUGAGAUUGCAAAGUUCGAAGCAACGUUGAGGGAGAAGACGUCGGAGCCCAAGAGGGAACUUGAAGAAUUGCGGAAGUCCAGCGCAGAAAUGACAGCCUCUCACAUUGAGCAAUGUGAAAAGCUGAAUAAG